UCCAUGUUACAGAGAUCUUUUAUUUAUUUAUGAUUUGAUCAAUUUAUAAAAAUAAAAUAAAAAGUAAAGGGUGAUUUCUUCUUUUAAUAACCCACAAAAAAUAAAUAGAAGAGAAGCAAAGUGGUGGUGACUAACGAAGCUUCUUUGUUUCUUCACCCAUGGCGGAUCCUAGUCAAGCCAGUUUCUGGGCGCAGACAAAUGCGUUACUUCGAAAGAACUUAACCUACCAGAGGAGACACAUAUGGACUAAUGUUAGACUCGUCCUGGUUCCACUCUUGCUUUGCUUACUUCUCCUGGCGCUUCAGCUUAUGAUUAAUGCUGUGACGAAAAUGGCCUCUAGCAUAAUUGACUGUAAAAAUACAGAUGAGUUUUCUAGUGGUGGUGAUUGUCCCGUCCCAAACCCUCUAUUGUUGCCUCCAUUGUUAGGGAUUCCAGAACCUGAAUAUCGUGCUGUCAGAGAUGGUUUCUUUUCGUACAAGGACCUUCCUGACAAGUCUUGUAGAAAAACAGGGACUUGUCCUGUUACUAUACUUCUUACUGGGAAUAACCAUUCCCUUGGUCAAGCUAUAUCUGAGAAUAUGUUUGGUGGUUCUUUUGCUGUGAAUUCCUCUGACCUCUUGUCUAGUUUAGCCAAUCAUGUCUUGGGUUCAACAAUGCCAGCAGGCACAGACAAUUAUGCAGAUCCAGGGAUUCAGUCGGGUAUCCCCAUCUACAGCAUCCAAACUCAGUGCAGUCCAAACGCUACAUGGCCACUCUCGUUUGGCAAAACUCAUAUAGAGGUGAAGUGUGUUCAAGGGUUGUGUUCCUGGAGAAAUAACUCUGUAGAGGUCAAUGAUGAGAUUUUCAAGAGUAGUUGGAGGGGAAAUCCUGAGCGGAUGACGAAUGAGAUUGCUGCAGCAUACGAUCUCUUGAAUACGGAUAGAAACAACUUAGACGUGACCAUCUGGUAUAACACAACAGACAGUGACGCCGACUCUUCAAGUGUAUCUUUGGUUCGAGUUCCUCGCUUGCUCAAUCUGGUAUCAAAUGCUUAUCUUAAGUUUCUGAAAGGCCCCGGGACAAGGAUAUUAUUUGAGUUUGUCAAAGAAGUUCCUAAACAUGGAACUAAACACAUUCAAGACAUUGCCUCCUUGAUUGGUCCACUUUUCUUCACUUGGGUUCUUCUUCUUUUGUUCCCGGUGAUCUUGACAUCAUUGGUGUAUGAGAAACAAGAGCGUCUAAGAAUUAUAAUGAAAAUGCACGGGCUAGGCGAUGGUCCAUAUUGGAUGAUUUCUUAUGCCUAUUUUCUUACUCUGUCUAUGUUGUAUGUUAUAUCUUUGGUGAUCUUCGGUUCUGCUAUAGGGCUCAACUACUUCCGGCUCAAUGACUAUAGCAUUCAGUUCGUUUUCUUUUUCAUCUUCACAAAUCUGCAAAUCUCUUUCGCCUUUUUAGUAUCUUUGAUAUUCUCGAAGGUUAAGACUGCAACAGUUGUUGCUUACACAUUGGUGUUUGGAAGUGGGCUCUUGGGAAGUUUUCUCUUCCAAUCACUGCUUGAAACUCCCUCAUUCCCCGAAAAAUGGAUUCUUGCCUUGGAGCUGUAUCCGGGAUUUUCCUUAUACCGCGGAUUGUAUGAGUUCUCGGAAUCUGCCUCCCGUGGUGACGGGAUGAAGUGGCAAGAUCUCAGCGAAAACGGAAUGGAUAAGCUGUUCUACUUCAUGUCAGUGGAGUGGUUUGUGACUCUCACUGUGGCCUACUGUAUAGAUGUGGGUUUUUCAUCCGGGAAGAGUCCUUUCUUAUUCUUCAAGAACCCUUUCAAGAAAUCAUCUUCCCUACCAAGUCCUAGUGUCCAAAGCUCUGACAACGUCCUCAUUGACAUGGAUAAAACAGAUGUCACUCAGGAGAGGGAAAAAGUUGAACAAUUGAGGAAAGAAUGGAGCACAGGGCAUGCCAUCGUGUGUGACAACCUGAAGAAGGUGUAUCCAGGUAGCGAUGGUAACCCAGAAAAACUAGCGGUAAGAGGGUUAUAUCUCGCUGUGCCUUCAGGAGAAUGCUUUGGCAUGCUUGGACCCAAUGGUGCUGGCAAAACCUCUUUCAUCAAUAUGAUGACCGGCCUCCUGAAACCGACAUCUGGAACUGCGUUGGUUCAAGGUUUAGACAUAUGCAAGGAUAUGAACAAAGUAUAUACAAGCAUGGGUGUAUGCCCCCAGCAUGACUUGCUUUGGGAGACCCUAACAGGAAGGGAGCAUCUGCUCUUUUACGGGAGACUAAAGAGUAUCAAGGGCUCUGCUCUAACGCAAGCUGUGGAAGAGUCUCUCAAAAGUGUCAGCCUUUUCGAUGGAGGAGUUGCAGACAAACAGGCUGGAAAAUACAGCGGAGGUAUGAAAAGGCGACUUAGUGUGGCUAUUUCGCUUAUCGGAAACCCAAAGGUGGUUUACAUGGAUGAGCCUAGCACUGGACUUGAUCCAGCCUCAAGAAAGAACUUAUGGACAGUGAUCCAGCGUGCAAAACAGGCCACCGCCAUAAUCCUGACAACUCACUCGAUGGAAGAAGCAGAGUUUCUUUGCGACCGGUUGGGGAUAUUUGUAGAUGGAGGCUUACAAUGUGUAGGAAAUCCGAAAGAGUUAAAGGGAAGGUAUGGAGGAUCGUAUGUCUUCACGAUUACGACCUCAGCUGAACACGAGGAGAAAGUAGAGAGAAUUGUUCGACGUAUUUCACCAAACGCCAAGAGAGCAUAUCACUUAGCAGGAACACAGAAAUUUGAGAUCCCUAAGCAAGAAGUCAUGAUUGCAGAUGUGUUUUUGAUGGUGGAGAAGGCCAAAAGCAAAUUCACAGUUUUUGCUUGGGGACUCGCCGAUACAACUCUCGAAGACGUCUUCUUCAAGGUUGCUACAACUGCUCAAGCCUGAGAAACUCUUUGUCUUAAUGAUUCACCCUACCUUGGGUAUUGUUAUUAUUCAAGUUAGGGCUUCUUAUUGACAAAUUUAAUGCCUUAAGAAACACGUUAACUGCAGUAGACUUUCUA